AAGAUGGCGGAGGGCGUUGAUCCACUCUCCGAGAGCCUCCAGAAACUGGACGACGAGCUAACUUGUCCUGUUUGCACGGAUCAUUUCAAGGAGCCGAAAGUCCUGCCGUGUCUUCACUACUACUGCAAGACCUGCAUCGCCGAUCUGAUCAAACGUGCUAAAGGGAGUCCGUUCAACUGUCCGCAGUGUCGCCGCGAAGUGCGAGCAGCCAACAACGAUGCUAAUAGUUUCCCAGCAGCUUUCUUUAUGAACCGUAUGGAAGAAUUAUUCUUAGUUAUGAAAAAAGCCGACCCGAAAGAGAAUGUAAAAUGUGAAAGCUGUACCAAAAUGCCAUCCACUUCUUUCUGCCAUGAAUGUAAAGAAUAUAUUUGUUCCAAAUGUGUCGAUGCUCACAGACAGCUGCGUAAAUUAUCUUCCCAUAAUAUCGAAUCCAUUGAGUCAUUUCAUUCAAAUGUUAGUAAGGGCCGUGGUACCAAUCUUCCAAUGGUCCAUCGUGAUGUAACAUGUGCAAAACACAUGGAUGAGCCACUAAAGCUCUACUGUCGUGACUGCCACAAGCUGGUGUGCCGCGAUUGCAUAUUGAUUGAUCACAAAGACCACAGAUAUGCAUUUAUUACUGAUGCUGCUCCACUUUGUAGAGCAGAGAUAAGAGAUAUGGUUAUGUCAGUGAAAAAAAUAUCAGAGGGCCUAAAGGUAACAGCAAAGGCUGUCAGUGAUUCUGAAGAGAAGCUAAGUGACCAUAGAACUGCCUCCAUGAGAGCAAUAGAUAAUGCACUUGAUGAAGUCGUUGCCAAAGCUGCUCAGAAAAGGAAGGAGCUGAAGGAUAUGGCUAACAGUAUACUGAACGAGGCCAGGGAGAAGGUUAGUACACAGGAGAAGAAUUCCCAGCUGGCAGUGGAGGAGGCUGAUAGCCUUUUUGAGUUUAUGAAUCGAAUUCUAGAAAGGGCAACGAAUCAGGAGAUCCUGAGUCUAGAGAAACAGAUAUCAGAUCAGGUUCAAAGAAUGACCAAGAAUUAUGGCAACACAGCAGAGAUGUUUCCGUUACCAAAACUACCAGAGUUGGUGGUUACCUGUGGGAGGGGGUUACAAAGGCAAUAGAAACAGAGAUAUCUGUCACAGAGAAAGGUAUGCUGAAGCCACUAGAAAUUUCACCUGCUACACAUACACAGUGCACCUCACACAUGCCUAGUCCCCCUGCUACUGCUGGACAUCUAGCAAGCGCUGUGCCUACCUCACAUGAGUCUAGUGAACCCACAACUGUUGGACAUGUACCACCAGGUCCUCUUCUUUACCCAUCACAUGAGCCUAGUGCACCCACAACUGUUGGACAUGUACCACCAGGUCCUCUUCUUUACCCAUCACAUGAGCCUAGUGCACCCACAACUACUGGACCACUAGGCCCGCCAUCUACCUCACAUGGGCCUGGUCCCGCUGCUACUGCUGGACAUCCAGCAAGUGCUGUGCCUACCUCUUCACCUCCUGAGUCCACCACCACAUCUGGUGCCGGUUCCAAAAGGUUUAGUCCUCCCCCAGUUCUCUUACAGACGAAAUGUUUAGUCAUUACAAGCCAGGUGACCCUGGCCGAGAAAACGAUCCCCGAACAGACUUAGGUCGAGAGAAAAAUCCCUCGGUGCAGGCGACAAAGCUAAAGGUUCUAGUAGCAGCCACAAGUCACCUUCACCCCCGCCUUCAGACUUGCGUGAUAAAAAGAGGCCCACCGUGUUCACUGGCCUGGACCCAGAUGCACUGGCUCUGGUUCAAAAGCUGCCAGAGGGAGACAUCCCAUGGUGUCGAGUACCUCAUCAGAGAGGGCGCUCCUGCAUUCUCAGUUGGAGGGAAGGAGAGCAAUUGACACGGCCAUCACAAACUUCCAGGGGGCCUACAGGAAGCUUUUUGCACAUGAUAAUCCGUUUCGGGUUGAAAAAGUGGAGAUUCCUGCUGGUCAAAGUAAGGAGGAGGUGGAGGUCGAGAUCGCUAGGUUUGAACAGACAUACUUGUUCACUGCGUUCGUUUUGGAUGAAGAGAAGUGGGUGGUCAGGGUCAUCUCUCAGACUAGGCAGCUAGAUCAGGCAAAGAAGCUCCUUGAAGAGGCUCUGCAACCACCUACAGCUUCAGGUGCGCCUUCAGACUUGCGCGAUAAAAAGAGGCCCACUGUGUUCACUAGCCUGGACCCAGAUGCACUGGCUCUGGUUCGAAAGCUGCCAGAGGGAGACAUCCCUGGUGUCGAGUACCUCGCCAGAGAGGGUGCUGUCCACAUUCGGUUGGAGGGAAAGAGAGCAAUCGAGACGGCCAUCACAAACUUCCAGGGGGCCUACAGGAAGCUUUUUGCACAUGAUAAUCCGUUUCGGGUUGAAAAAGUGGAGAUUCCUGCUGGUCAAAGUAAGGAGGAGGUGGAGGUCGAGAUCGCUAGGUUUGAACAGACAUACUUGUUCACUGCGUUCGUGUUGGAUGAAAAGAAGUGGGUGGUCAGGGUCAUCUCUCAGACUAGGCAGCUAGAUCAGGCAAAGAAGCUCCUUGAAGAGGCUCUGCAGAAGCUACCGAUAGGCUCAGUUGGUGCUCCAGAUGCUACAGCUGAUCAAAUAGCAAUCAGCUUCUCUCAUAACCGCACUCUCACUCUUAAAAAAGGGGACAUAGUGAAAGAAAAAGCCAACAUACUGGUCAAUGCUGCUGAUGGCAAUCUGCUACAUGGAGGUGGGUUGGCUGGAGCACUGAAUGAGGCCAGUGAAAGGAAGCUGCAGUUACACUGCAACAAGUACAUGAAGACAAAGCGGAAGGGGAAGGCGAUACCAGCGGGGGAAGUAGCAGUGACCCACGCUGGGGGGAAACUGGCAUGUGACCUAGUCAUCCAUGCUGUGGGUCCUGAAGGCUACAAACAUUCAAAAACUCAAUGUGAGCAUCUGGUAAAGCAGGUGGUUCACAACACCCUCGAGGCAGCAGAAAAGUACAAUGCCACUUCCAUUGUCCUCCCAGCCAUCAGCUGUGGGAUCUACCGUGUCAGCAAGGAUCUUGUGGCACAAUGCAUCAUCGACACAAUCCUGAGUUUCAAAUACACUAAGCCUUCUCCAAUCCUCUCUGACAUUCGCAUCGUCAUCCUUGAGGGGCCUACCCACUCCUGCUUUGCACGCCACUUUGAAGAAAAACUGAAGAAACACCUGGGGCGAAGCACUCACGCUCACACCCACAAAAUCCACCCAGGCAAGCCAGACAUGAAUGAAGAGGGGAAAACAUUGCCUAUUGAAGAAGUGGUGCUGUAUCCAGAUGACAUGUCCUGGAUCAUGCCUCUGCUCAGACGUGCCGCUCCAAAGUGGAAGCUGAUUCUGACAGAGAUUGGCAUACCAAAUGACCAGAUCAUGAGUUUAAUGAAGCGUAGAAAAUAUGGAGUUGUCCUUCUGGAGAUGGGGGUGAGUAAAUGGCUUAGGGAGCACCCACGUCCUGGAGCAACUCUGGCUGACCUGGUCAAAGCCUUGUGUGGCGUGGAAGUAGGGGAGGAAGAGGUGGCCUCUGAGAUACUGAAGGUUUGUUUACAAAAGAGAAGUAUGACCUCAGAAGAAUCCUGCAGUGGCCUUCCAGAUGUGAAGUACCCUACACUUCCUGACUCUUCCGCUGGAGCUACCAGCAACCCACAUGAUGCCAGGAAAGACAGCACUGACAAAAAAGAGUGUCCCAUUUGCCUGGAGGAAUACUUGUCACCAGUGAGCACCAAGUGUGACCACACUUUCUGCAAGCAUUGCAUACAAACGUCCCUGAAGAAUGACCCCUACUGUCCUACAUGUAGGGCUCCUCUACGUGCCAUCACUGGCAAACAGCCACUUGGAGGGACCAUGACACACGCGCUGCUAGAUUGCCCUCUUCCUGGCUAUGAGGAGUUUAAAACAAUUCAAAUCAACUACUACAUUCCAAGUGGAACUCAAGGACCAGAACACCCCAAUCCCGGUCAUCCUUACCAGGGAACAUCUAGGACUGCCUACUUGCCUUCAAGCUAUAAGGGAUUGGUUGUUUUAAAGCUACUGCAGAAGGCAUUCCAAGCCAGGAUGAUAUUCACGAUCGACACAUCCGUUACUAGCGGAGCUAAGAAUGUUGUGGUGUGGAAUGAUAUUCACCACAAGACCAGCAUGCAUGGAGGGCCGCAAAACUAUGGAUACCCUGACCCUACCUACUUGCAGAGAGUAACAGAAGACUUGGCUGCAAAGGGCAUAGUGCCCGACUAAGAGACUAAUUUUUGUUUGACAAUUGCGAAAGUACAAGUAUACAAAUCCUCUAAGGCAAAGCUAUCUAAUCAACAGUAUAGUAUUGAUCUAACUAAGCAUAACAAAGUGUAAAUUAUUUGUAAGUAAUCAGGUACUAGGGGUAGGCAUCAGCAUCAAAGAAGAUGCUGGGGUUGGCGGUGUUGUCC